AUGACCGAGCAUGUGGAACUGCAACAUCUCGUGGACCUCUCAACGGGCAGCGGUGAUGAAACUCUACCCAAUCUAUUGGAAAACAAAAGACCGCUGAUUAAAAGAUGCCCGUACCUCGGACUAUUGCUCGCUACCUUAUCAUCGCUGUUCUUUUCACUAUGUUCUGUUAUUGUGAAAAGUCUAGUCAACAUCGAUCCAAUGCAGCUUGCGAUGUUUCGGUUUAUUGGUGUCUUACUCCCGACAAUACCAAUUGUAAUUUACACAGAACAACCAAUAUUUCCUCAAGGUAAGAGAAUUCUCCUUAUACUUCGAUCAGUCGUCGGGACAGUGGGACUAAUGUUAAGCUUUUAUGCCUUUCGAAAUAUGCCACUGGCUGAUGCCUCUGUGAUUGUUUUCUCUGUACCUGUAUUUGUAGCAUUAUUUGCUAGAGUGUUUUUGAAAGAGCCCUGUGGUAUAUGGAACACGAUUUCCAUAAUUCUUACUUUAUUGGGGGUCAUACUGAUAACUCAUCCACCAUUCCUCUUUGGAAGUGAACAAGUUGAAAUAAAUCAGAAUUAUAAUAGUUUGAGAGGUGCUGUGGCUGCAUUUGUUUCAACAAUAUUUGGAGCUAAUGCUUAUGUACUAUUAAGAGUACUAAAAGGUUUACAUUUUUCUGUAAUUAUGACCAAUUUUGGUGCUAUAGCAAUAUUACAGACAUUAUUUUAUUCAUUUAUUUUCGGUAUCCUUUGUAUGCCGAACUGUGGAACAGAGAGAUUUUUGGUUGUAUGUCUAGCUUUAUUUAGUUAUUUAGGACAAAUUUUACUCACUAUGUCACUGCAAAUGGAGCAGGCAGGUCCAGUGGCUAUUGCUCGAUCGGCUGAUAUUGUUUUUGCUUUCCUCUGGCAAGUGAUGUUCUUUGAUGAAAUUCCAAGCAAGUACUCUGUAUGCGGGGCUGUGUUAGUAUUAAGUUCAGUUUUGUUAGUGGGCAUACGUAAAUGGGCUCUUGCACUCCCAGCUGAAUCACAUUUAAGAAAAAUGUUAGGUGUUUUUGCACAGUGAAUAGAACAUAAGCUAUUUUUCAUACACUACAAUGAUGUAGCUAUAAGCUUGUUGUAACUCUUGAAAAGUAGGGGAACCUCCUUCGAUAAUGAUUAAGAAAAUACAAAAUAAUUUUAGUACUCACCACUCAGUAUUAUAAUAAAAGAUAUUUGAUAACAUUUUAGAACAUUAAAUCCUUGUAUAUAAAUAUAAAGACUGAGUAUUGAACAUAUAAUCAUGCUUUCUUAUAUUGAAUUACAACAUCAAAUAAAAGAUGUUUAAAAAAAGAUUAUAUUGUACUCAGCUUAGCAUUACUAACAUUGCA